AUGGCUUUCUACAAAGUGAUCUGUGUGGCGACUAUGCUGACUCUCCUGAUACAAGAGUCUCAGUCACAACUAGAUGUUUGUGGCACUGCGCCGCUAAACACCAGGAUUGUAGGAGGUACGAAUGCUCCUGCAGGGUCGUGGCCCUGGCAGGCCAGUCUGCACAGAUGGGGAUUUCAUUUCUGUGGAGGCUCCCUGAUCAAUAACCAGUGGGUCCUGACUGCUGCUCACUGUUUCCCCAGGACCAGCACAUCCGAUCUCAUCGUUUACCUCGGACGUGACUCCCAGGAGCUCUCGAACCCUAACGAGGUGUCGCGGACUGUUUCCAAGAUCAUCAUAAAUCCCGACUAUGACGCCUACUCGUACAACAACGACAUAGCCUUGUUGCAGCUGUCCUCACCUGUUACCUUCACCGACUACAUCAGCCCAGUGUGUUUGGCAGCAGACGGCAGCGUCUUUAAUUCAGGAACGACCUGCUGGGUCACCGGAUGGGGAAACAUCCAAGAUAACGACUAUCUGCAGGAGGUUAGUGUUCCCAUCGUGUCCAACAGUGAUUGUAAUGCUAUAUACGGUUUAAUCACAAACAACAUGAUGUGUGCCGGUUUCCCCCAGGGAGGAAUGGACGCCUGCUACGGGGAUUCAGGCGGCCCGUUGGUAAGUAAAACUGGCUCUGUCUGGGUCCAGGGAGGAGUGGUGAGUUUUGGAGUACCCUGUGCUCUGGCCAACUUCCCCACAGUCUACACCCGAGUGUCCCAGUUUCAGUCCUGGAUCAACAGCCAGAUUACCACCAACCUGCCGGGCUUUGUUGUCUUCACGGGGAACACUUCAAACUCUGACAGCGCUACAACCCCUGACAGCGCUACAACCUCUGAGAGCAGUUUUACCUCUGGCAGCAGUACAACCUCUGGCAGCGCUACAACCUCAGGCAGCAGUACAACCUCUGGCAGCGCUACAACCUCAGGCGGCACUACAACCUCUGGCAGCGCUACAACCUCUGGCGGCACUUCAACCUCUGGCAGCGCUACAACCUCUGGCGGCACUACAACCUCUGGCAGCGCUACAACCUCUGGCAGCAGUACAACCUCUGGCAGCGCUACAACCUCUGGCGGCACUACAACCUCUGGCAGCACUACAACCUCUGGCGGCACUACAACCUCUGGCAGCAUUUCACUUCCUUUCUCACAGUAUCUGCAGCAGGUGAGUGUUCCCAUCGUGUCCAACAGUGAUUGUUGCGCUGAAUACGGUUUCAUCACAAGCAACAUGAUGUGUGCCGGUCUGACCCAGGGAGGAAAGUACUCCUGCUAUGGGGAUUCAGGCGGCCCAUUGGUAAGUAAAACUGGCUCUAUCUGGGUCCAAGGUGGAGUGGUGAAUUUUGGAGAACCCUGUGCUCUGCCUAACUUCCCCACAGUCUACACCCGAGUGUCCCAGUUUCAGUCCUGGAUCAACAGCCAGAUUGCCACCAACCUGCCGGGCUUUGUCGUCUUCACGGGGAACACUUCAACCUCUGGGAACUGUUCAGCCUCGAUGAACGGUACAUCUGGGAACGGUACAACAUCUGGCAGCACUACAACCUCUGACAGCGCUACAACCUCUGGCAGCGCUACAACCUCUGGCAGCAGUAUAACCUCUGGCAGCGCUACAACCUCUGACAGCGCUACAACCUCUGGCAGCACUACAACCUCUGGCAGCAGUAUAACCUCUGGCAGCGCUACAACCUCUGACAGCGCUACAACCUCUGACAGCGCUACAACCUCUGGCAGCAUUCCUCUGCUGCUCUCCAUCAUACCUCUUCCCUUCUACCUCUUUAUCUUUUCAUAG